AUGGCAACUGCGCCUUCGGCUUCGGUUUUCUCUCUACCACUACCGCCGUGGCUCCAGCCAUCCGGCACACGCGUCUCUCAAUAUGAUCGCCAGAAACGCAGUGCGAAGUGGAGCGAAGAUGACCUGCAUGGAGAAGAGACUGAUUUCGCCUCGGCUACAGAAUCCGAGCCUGCCGGGCCGCCCUUGGUAUUGACGCCAAAUGAAUCCCACCAGUACCGAAUUGCCGGAUUCCCGUUCCACGCUGAGUUACCAGGAGGGAAUUUCCCUCAUCAACCAGCCAAGGAUGAACCUGUCACAAAGGUGAAAGCCCCAGGUCAUCUCAGAGCCUUGGCGGAUUUAUCACCUCCAAUCUAUCCUCCUCAGUCAGUUCAGGAAGGCAAUAUUCGCUUUCAGCAUUUAGGUGUAUUAACAACAAUCUUACACCGAUGUAUGCUCCAAGGAGACUAUGCCCGAGCUGGAAGGGCUUGGGGCCUGAUUCUGCGCGAAGAAUACAGAGGAUUUCGAAUGGACGUCCGCAAUGAAGCAAGGUGGGGGAUAGGCGCUGAAAUCUUGCUGCGACGAGAUCAACAGGAAGCGCCGCCUAGUCCUGGUGCCAGCAAGGCCCGCGAUGCUACGGUUGCCACAUCCUUGACAUCUACUACCAAAGGCUUUACGGAGGCGAAAGAAUAUUAUGAACGGCUCAUCCUUAAUCAUCCAUACAUGAAAUCAUCACCACAUUCCAUAUCUUCUUUACACUUUUACCCUGCAAUGUUCGGGCUCUGGGUGUACGUCAGCCAGGAAGAAAGCAAUACCGCAAGAAAAGAUAUUACCCUUCGUCAAGAAGACGAAUCUGAUGGGUUUUCGGACGACGAAAAUCCAGAGACUGAACUUGAGCAUGGUCAGAUGCCCAGGAACAAAACUGCCACUGCUAUUUCAAAAGUCAGGUUGCGAGAAUUGGAGCAGGCGCAGCAGAUUGCUGCACGGAUGGACCAACUUCUUAUUUCUCCCCCGUUCUCUGACUCCCCUGAACUGCUGGAGCUCAGAGGAAUGGUAUCACUUUGGAUCGGUGACUUGUUUUUAUCUGCACUAGUGACUCAAGUUGAUGAAGAGGAUGAAGAUCCCGAUCGGAUGCUUAUGAACGAGGCCCCAGGUUCUCUCGAAGCGAGACGCGCACAGAGGCUUGCAACCGAGAAAAAGGAAGCAGAAGUCCAGAAAUCGAUUGAGUUUUUUGAAAAGGCAAAAAAGCGAGGAAGAAGCGUUGCUUACAAUUUGGAAAGUCUUCACAUCGACGAUGGCGUUUUUAUUUAA